AGCUUUGGUUCGCCUCCCACCUCCACGCCCCGCCUCACCCCACAUCCCGUUCCUUUCCUUCCACUCGCCUCCCUUCCUCCUCCUUCCCUCCACGGCUCCACCCACAUCUCCACCUCUCCCUCUCUCCUAUCUCUCUCCCCGUCUCUCCCUGCCGACGUCCAGGCUUCGUCGGUCUGCGACCUGAGCAAGCUAAGCUAAGCUGCGUGGGGAAGCCAAGCCACCAUGGCAGCCGACGCGGAAGCCGACGAGCUCGUGGCCGCUGCGGCCGGCAUCAUCUGCUCGAUGCGCGGGGCCGACCUCGCCGGGUGGACGCCGCCGUGGUUGCGUAGGACGGAGCCGGCGCGGGACGGGGAGCUGGUGUGGCCGGCGGUGGCGCGGGGGAAACGCUCGCGCCGCCGCUCGCCGUCCGCGGGCUCCUCGGGCAAGGCGAGGUGGGGCAGGGCCAGCCCGGCGUCGCCGCUGGACUACAGCGGUGGCUCCGGCUCCGGUUCCGCCGCGUCCACCAGCGGCGGUGAGGACGGCGGCUUCUCCUCCCUGGCCCACCGACCCGGACCGGCGACCAAGGUGGGGGCCAACGAGCGGCCGCAUGCUACCUUUCCGACCCCGCUUCCACGCCCCACCGGUCAGCGACCACAGAAGAAAUUGAGGCUACCGGAGAUCCAGCAGCUGCUUCAGUCUCUCGCCGUGGAGAACGAGAGCCUCCGCGAGGAGAUGCGGGAUUUACAGAGAGCUUGCAAGGCGCUGUCGAAAGAAAACGACAAGCUUGAGACAAGGUUAGGGCAAUCAAUCUCUCAGAAUGAAGUCACUUUAAAGGAGCAGAAAGGAAAGCAACAACUUGAUCAGCAGUCGGUUAUGCAGUCCGCACGAGACAGCUUCGUGCUACCAGAUCUCAAUCUCCCCCCACAGGACUCUGCCGAUGUUUCAACAGUUCAUUGAUCACUCCAGAUUGCUGCGACUUUGUUAACCGAAUAACAAGUGUACAUAGAGGAAGCAGGGUACCAAUCUACGGUGGCGGCACCACCACGUCAUCCUUCUGAGAAUGACACGCAUUUGAUAAGUUGUUACUAGAUCAGAGUUUUACUACCACUAUAGCCGCAAGUUACAAGCCACAUUUGUAGCUGAGGGAAGUCUAGUUUUAACCCACCUGACAUUGUUUUGCCUAGUGCGUUUGCAUAUGGUAGAGCUGAAGUCUUCUUCAGCUCAAACUGAUCUCCACGCUGUAGUGGACUUAGAUGAAUUUGUUCAUGUUAUUUCAUUCAAUUAGGUGAAAUGUCACUUGUGAAGAUCUGACAUUUAUGAGAAAACUGUUACUUAUUUCUGUACGGUUUUAUGGAUCUUUUGUUA